UCUUUGGUUUUGAUCGUACCACUGUGGACGCUCUUAGGGUUCAACUUCUUCUUCAUUUUGAGGUUCAACAAUCAUCGAUCAUUACACACAAUUUUGAGAUUUAAUAAUCAUCGAUCAUCAGGGUUCAACAGAUUGAGAACCAAAACUUAACCCAAACCUUAGAUUUACUUAUUUCCAUGUUUCUGCUGUAGAACAAGACGAACCUAUCCAAUGAUUUUUAGAUCUGAAUCUCAGUAAGUCAGUUGCUAAUUGUUUGAAAUCAAAAGCCUUGAUCUAUUCUCACAUACCCCUCGAUUUCAAAAUUACUGUGACAAGCAAACUGUUUAGAACACCAGCUACAUUUACAAUUUUUAUUACUUGGUUUCCUUUGGAAGAUUUUACUUUGUAAACCCUAGAAUAAUUUGUUGUAUGCUCAAAGUUCUGUUGAUUAAUUUCUAAUUAGGGUAUUCGUUGUCCAUAAGAUUUGAUUUCUGAAUAUAUUUGCAAAUCUUCCGAUGAAUAUGAAUCGACAGAUGGAGAAGAAGGUAAGAUGGAGAAAGAACUUAUGUUGCAUUUAGGUUUUUAUAAUGUUCAAUUUUAAUACUUUAAAUGGUCUUUUAGUUUGGGAUUUGUGGUGAUGCUUGUUUCAAAUCACUUUGAGGAAGGCCAUGUAUGUAGAUUUUAGCAGAUUUACUGAACUACUUAUGGUGCUUGGUGGAGUGGUGGUGCUGAUAGUGGCAGAGAAGAGAUUGAUGUUGCUUGGGGUGCUAGGGACGAGCUGAGACAAAUCAGAUGUAUGCUGCUGAUGUAAACCAAUGGUUAAUUGACAAGCCUUAGGCUUGCUUCUUAUGAUGUGCUAGGGACUGUUUAUUGGUUGGUUACUAGUGCUUGAAGGAGUAUCAAAGUUUUGAUCUAUUUGUAGUUUAUACAUGUCUUAAUCAGUGCUGAUGCUUUUCACUUCCUGUUUCUGCUAUUCUAUUGCUGUGAUUCACAAUUGGCUGACUUAUGUUGCUUUUGACCAGGCCAUAAAUCAGAAAAUCCUUUCAAACUCCACAGACCACAAGGCAGAGAUUAAAAUUGCAGAUGCUCAAUACUCUCACGUGGAUGGGGUAAUUGUUCUGGUAACAGGGUGUUUAACUGGGAAAGACAAUGUAGGAAGGAAGUUCACACAGUCAUUUUUCCUGGCCCCACAGGAAAAGGGUUACUAUAUUCGAAAUGAUGUUUUUAGGUAUCUUGACGAGGAUCAAGUGCUGAAGCCUGAGACCGUGUUGGUUAACAGAACAAGUGAAAGCAUUACAGCAGCUCCAGUGCCUCAGGAACUUGUUUCCUCUCAUGUUCCUGAGCCCGUCGUGCCAGAUACCACAGCACCUACUGCGGAGGAGCUGAAUAAUUGUGUUGAAGUUCAUGAGCAUCCGAACAAUAAGGUGAAAGUUGCGAAAGAAAAUGCUGGGCCUGCUCCUGUGAAUGUGCCAACUACCACCAUAAAGGUGAAAUCUGCUACUGUUGGGAAAAAGGCGCCUGCACCUGCAGCACCAACUCCAGCACAUGGAGUGUCAGCUCCUAAUAGCAACAAUGCUUCUGCAAAUAACAAUGUCGUGGAAGAAGUUAAGUUCUAUCCAAAAUACCGUGAAGGUAGUGUGAACGGUUGUUAGCACAUAUCAAGCAGCUAGUGGUGCACGUGCUACUGCAAUGGAAGAGUUUGAAUUCCAGUUUGGUAUCGAUCUUAUUAAUCAGCAGCGACCCAAGGUCCAAGACUGGACAAGGAAAAGUAACUCGAUGUUCACUGGUGUAUGUAUUCUAAUUUUUUUUUUGUUUUUGUUGUUACUUGUCAUUCUUUUUCAGAGGUAUACAAAAUAAUUCUUUAGUGUUUAGAUUUCAUAAAUUUCUUAAGUUCAAUGAUAGUUUUUAGAAUUUAAUGUAUGAAAUGAUCAUGCAUUACCUAAUAAGUUCUUCUCUGUUUCUUUUAAUUGAAAGAUUCCUUUGGUUAAUACAUUUAUGUUU